AUGUGGGAUGCGGCACUGCUCCUGUUCUUCAGGAAGGGCACGAACUAUGUGGAAAAGGUGAUCCUUAUCGUUGGGUGCAUGCUCAACUACUUCUUGCAGAUGUCGUUGCUUCUGACGAUCUAUUUGAACAUGUUGGACAGCCCGUACACGGUUGACACUAUCCAGGAGAUGCUACGGUGGCGGGUCGACAACGCACACUCAAACGCUGCCUUCGACGAGGUCACUGGCAAAAGCCUCCUCGCCCGGCUUUGCGAUCAGGAGCUUUGGAGCUACGAACAAGAAGAGUUCAAGUUGAUGUACGACUAUCUUUACAAGGACAUUCCUGGCGCCUUAUUGAGCACGCUGGCCAUCGUCAUGUGGGUAUUGACAAUCAUGGUGGAGUACCGUCGCUGUGUGGAGCAGGCCCUUGCAGUGAUCCAUCUUCCUGCAUUAGCCAAAGACGAUAAGGCCGAGUUCGUGUGGAAUCGAGAAGAUGAGAGCUACGCAGUAGUAGGAAUGAACAGCUUGAAGCGUGUUCUAGCGCUGGUUCUGCUGAGCCUGCCGCGGCUCUUCGUCAUGCUGUGCUUGGGUUUCAUCGGUUGUCAGUAUUUGGCACAGACCGCAAAUCUUGGAGACAUCGUUUUGAAUGCCGUCGCCCUGGCCUUUGUCAUGGACGUGGACGAGUUGGUUGCAAACGUCUUGCUGACUGAGCGAUUGAGAUCCAUCCUUCCGAAAAUUCAGCCGAUGUCCUGUGGACAGCGGAAAAGAGGUCACAAGUGCUGUCCAUUCAAGGACAUGGUCCGCUAUGCCAUCACAGCAGGUCUGGUCACAUUCGCGCUGGUCUACUGGCUGAUCCCUUUCGACCAGAAUGUCCGAGGAGCUGCAAUGGCAUUGUGUGGAGGCUUUCAGGAUUUCAGCUACGAAGGUGGAACUUCCGACAGUCCUCCGGUCAUCCUCAAGCCUGCGAAGUGGAGGGAGGAUUCCUGGGUGUCCUCUUGCCACUCUGACGGUGGAACAACUAUGGAUGUCUACCUACAGCGAUACUAUUCAGCCCGCUACAAUGACAGCGUCCAGAACAACACUGCGACGACCUUGACGGCGGAGUACUACGAUCGGCUCAAGCGAAGGGAGGUGCUGAAGUUUGCAUAUGGGCUCUACGCGGGCUUUGGCUCCAGCUUCUCAGAGUGUGCACAGGGUGAAAUCCUUGGCCCCCAAAAUCCCGAGACGGCAGAAAGGACAUGCAUCAAAAUACCUGAGCGCCUCGAAAAGCGGCUGGGCACCGAACAGGUUGAGCACGGGCACCGCACAGGUCCAGGCAAUUGCCCACGUUUCACCACCACCGAUGGAUGUGUGACGAUACAGAAUCCAGAUGUCUGCGUCUGGACAUGGCUUUCAGAGAAGUGUGAUGAAAAACCUCCCGGUCUAGUCAAGACUGACGCAUGUGAUUCUGCCGAUGUGAUCACGCAGUGCGAAACAUGGCACUACAUUCUGAGCAAGCCUCACCCGACGUUCAACUGCGACCAGAUCCUGGAGUAUUGCACUUCACCAAACGGCGACUGUGUGGCUGUGAGAGGACAGUAUAUCAUCGAGCCGACAAAUUGGACGGCCCACCAGGCAAACCAAGUCCUCGACACUCCAUUCAAAACUACUCUUCAGCAGUGGAGCGGCGUGGAUGCCUCGAAAAUCACAAUCAAUCUGGAAGAGGCUGGUGCAGGCUACCCGGCCAGGACACUGAGGGCGUAUGUGUGCAUGAAGAACUUGCCGCCAAGCUACAUCCCACUCCCCGGCCUGAGAACGGACACAGCUACACUCCUGGAAGAUAUCCAGGCACAGACUGGAUACAAUCCAAACAAUGGCAUUGCAUCCUUGGAUUGGGUACCGAACACGUUCAGGUACUUGGCCACAACCGAUAUGGACUCCAAAAUGGAUACGCUUUGUGGCGCUACGGUGCCGACGGUGCCAUGA